AUGCGAGGCUUAAUGCAUUUUUUAUUUUACUUUUCCUUGCUGAUCGUAAUAAAAGGAUCGCUAAGUCGAGCGCGCUUAGCUGAGGGAAGUUUGAAAUGUGUUUCGUACCAGUGUAAGGCGGGCGAAUGUAAGGAAGGCAUCGACAUCUGUGAAGACACCGAACCGGAUCGUCCGGUCGGAUGUUUUGUCGUUUGGACAACGGACAAUAUUACAAAUGAAGUAAACGUGACGUUGAAAGGAUGUUUCCUUAAUCCUACGGAGUGCAAUAACACCGAAUGCAUCGAUACGACGACGGAUCCGAAGAACAACUUCAACUACUGUUGUUGCCGUGGUAGUAUGUGCAACAAGGAUCACAAAUGGAUACCGGAAGCAACGAAAGCGCCGGAGGUGUUACAGUCGGUCGAGAAGGAAUCGAACAUUGUGCUGGUAGUGCUCAUUACCUCCAUAUCGUUUGUCGCAGCGUGUAUUUUAGUCACCUGGCUGUAUUGCACACAUCACAAACAGGUGAUGUUUAAUGAAAUUCCAACGGUUGAACCAGACAUUUCCAACUCAUCCACCAACAUAUCGCACCGUCCAAUUGAUUUGAAGGAUAUUAAAGCACGUGGCCGGUUCGGAGUGGUGUGGAGAGCGCAGCUCGGUAAUCAGGAGGUGGCUGUUAAAAUCUUUCCAAUGCAAGAACGCCAAUCGUGGAUUACGGAGCAGGAAAUUUUCAAGCUGCCACGGAUGAAUCAUACGAACAUUCUUGAGUUUAUCGGUUGUGAGAAGCGCGUCGAUAUGGCCAGCACAGACUUUUGGCUCAUCACUGCCUACUGCGAGAACGGUUCGCUGUGCGACUUUCUCAAAGCGCACACGGUCAGCUGGAACGAUCUUUGCAAGAUUGCGACCACGAUGGCGCGCGGUUUAACGCAUCUGCAUGAGGAAAUACAAGGCAGCAGGACGGAUGGUUUGAAGCCAUCGAUCGCACACCGUGAUUUCAAGAGCAAGAACGUACUGCUGAAGGCGGAUCUCACCGCAUGCAUUGCCGAUUUUGGACUGGCGCUUGUAUUUACGCCCGGAAAAUCAUGCGGUGAUACACACGGACAGGUGGGUACGCGCCGCUACAUGGCGCCGGAGGUUCUCGAAGGUGCAAUCAACUUUACCCGUGACGCUUUCCUGCGCAUUGACGUGUACGCGUGCGGGCUUGUGCUGUGGGAACUGGUAUCACGUUGUACCGUGCACGGUGGACCGGUCGAUGAGUACCGGUUGCCGUUCGAGGCGGAACUAGGCCCGCACCCAACGCUCGAGGAAAUGCAGGAGAACGUGGUGAUGAAGAAGUUGCGUCCGCGAAUCUUCGACCCAUGGCGUCAUCAUGCGGGACUGAUUGCGAUCUGCGAAACGAUGGAAGACUGCUGGGACCAUGAUGCCGAGGCCCGGUUAUCGUCUUCCUGCGUGCUGGAAAGACUGCUGCAGUACGCUCGCUUUCCUACACGACAGUUUUUUGUCGCCAACACCACUACGAACGAGCUGCCAACGAAACUAGCAACGGAAAAUCUUUAA